UUAAUAUUGCGGAUUUAGGAUGUUCAGUUGGGCCAAAUACCUUUAUUUGUAUGGAAAAUAUUAUUGAAGCAGUGAAAUAUAAGUGUCAAUCUCAAGGUCUUGCUUCCCCAAUUCCUGAAUUUCAAGUGUUCUUCAAUGAUCAUGUCUUGAAUGAUUUCAAUACUCUAUUUAGAUCUCUCCCUCCAAACAGGGGAUACUUUGCUGCUGGCGUGCCAGGUUCAUUCCAUGAGCGUUUAUUCCCCAGAAUUUUCUACACUAAUGCCUCAGAUGAAGUAUGCAAAGCAUAUGCCACCCAGUUCGAAAAGGAUAUGGAGAUAUUUUUGGAUGCUAGAGCCAAAGAGCUUGUGGUUGGUGGGAUUAUAUUAAUCAUGGUGCCAACUAUCCAUGAUGGGAUUUCUCAUUCUUGUGAAUAUUUUAAUGUGUCGUUUGAUAUUCUGGGAUCUAGCCUCAUGGACAUGGCUAGAGAGGGAUUGGUGAGAGAAGUGCAAGUGGAAUCGUUCAAUCUCCCCUUUUAUAUUCCAUCUGCUAAGGAGGUGACAGAACUUGUAAAAAGAAACAGUUGCUUCAUUAUUGAGAGAACUGAGUUAUUUAAAGCUUUUUCGGAAAUGUUAAUGGCGGAAUCAUGCAUGUGUAAUGAAUGGAGGAGAUGGCGAUUACAGCUAUGCAAAGCUAUGCAAUCUCGUUCUUUCAGCUUAGUCUGA